GCGUGCCGUACUCAAGUUUCUUUCUUGAAGUAUUUGUCCUGUUACUAAGAGGCUGCUUUGCAGCAAAAAAGAUAUCAUUCAAAUUCAAGUUCCAAAAAUGGCUUACUUUGGGAACAUAAUAGAUGAUUUCUCAGGGAUUUGUCUGAAGGAUUUUGAUUUCACUUCUUUCUGUUCUCAAAGGACCACAAUAGAUGCUAUAAAUCUACUUUUUAUCUGUGUCUUCUACACCUCUAUGAUUAUCAGUUUAAUGAGAAGAAAUUCUCAGUGUGGUAGUCCCAGCAAAAGCAGGUUUUUCAUUCUUGUCUCUAUCUGCUGUGCUAUUAUUAGCAUUGUGUUUUACAGUAUUGGCUUGAGAAAUCUCAUAGCCAAAACUGAUAACUCUAAGCAGCUGAACUGGUUAGCUUGCAUUGUCAGAGGAUUCAUUUGGACUUCUUUGGCAGUUUCUUUGCUUGUUCAGAGACUCAAAUGGAUCAAAAUUCUUAACUCUGUCUGGUGGGCAUGUUCCUGUGUACUGGCUUCAGUUCUAAACAUUGAAAUUCUGUUUAAAAAGCAAGCAAUAGAAAUUUUUGAUGUCAUACAAUGGUUUUUACACUUUCUUCUUCUCUUCUGUGCCUUCCAAAAUCUUGGUUACUUUGUCUCUCAAAGUGUGCCACAAAGUUUAUCUGAGCCACUCUUAGACCAAGAAGUUGACACUAAACAAACAGGACUAGGCCGUGCUAACUUUCUCAGCAAAUUGACUUUCUCUUGGAUUAAUUCCUUACUCAGUCUUGGUUACUCAAAGUCACUAGUUCUUGAAGACAUCCCUUCCCUUCUUUCUGAAGAUGAAGCAAACUUAGGCUACCAAAACUUUAUGCAUGCAUGGGAAUCCCUUGUAAGGGAGAGGAGCAAGACCAAUACCAAAAACUUGGUUCUUUGGUCUGUUGUUAGAACUCACUUAAAAGAGAACAUAUUAAUAGCUUUUUGGGCACUACUCAGAACCUUUGCCGUUUCUGUUUCUCCUUUAAUACUCUAUGCUUUUGUAAACUACUCAAAUAGUAGGGAUGCCAAGAAUACAAAUCUCAAAGAAGGUCUUUCCAUAGUUGGUUUUCUUAUUCUCUCCAAAGUGGUUGAAUCUUUGUCCCAGAGACAUUGGUUUUUUUAUUCCAGGAGGUCAGGAUUGAGGAUGAGAUCAGCUCUGAUGGUUGCAGUGUAUAGAAAACAGCUAAAGCUUUCUAGCUCAGCAAGGAGAAGGCACUCAGCAGGUGAAAUUGUGAAUUACAUUGCAGUUGAUGCGUAUCGUAUGGGAGAAUUUCCAUGGUGGUUUCAUAUAGCAUGGACAUCUACAUUGCAACUUGUCCUAUCUAUUGGUAUCCUUUUCGGUGUUGUGGGUGUUGGUGUUCUUCCUGGUUUAGUCCCUCUUCUUAUAUGUGGACUUAUCAAUUUUCCAUUUGCCAAAAUCCUACAGAAUUGUAUGGCACAGUUCAUGAUUUCACAGGAUGAGCGUCUUAGAUCAACUUCAGAAAUUCUAAAUAGCAUGAAAAUCAUUAAGUUACAAUCCUGGGAGGACAAAUUCAAGAAUUUGGUUGAGAACCUACGUGCUAAAGAGUUCAUCUGGCUGUCUAAGGCACAGAUCAUGAAAGCUUAUGGUUCAUUUCUAUAUUGGAUGUCUCCUACCAUUGUUUCAGCUGUUGUUUUCCUCGGCUGUGCUCUUUUCAAUAGUGCCCCAUUGAAUGCUGGGACCAUUUUCACAGUUCUUGCAAUGUUGAGGAACUUGGGAGAACCUGUUCGAAUGAUUCCGGAGGCUCUUUCUAUUAUGAUCCAAGUUAAGGUCUCCUUUGAUCGUCUCAAUACCAUUUUGCUUGAUGAAGAGCUAGACGGAAGCGAUGGUAACAGAAGAAAUAUAAACCGAAGUUCAAUAAAUGCGGUGGAAAUUCAAGCUGGUAACUUCGUUUGGGAUCAUGAAUCAGUGUCCCCAACUUUAAGAGAUUUGAAUUUAGAAAUCAAAUGGGGACAGAAAGUUGCAGUUUGUGGACCAGUUGGAGCUGGAAAAUCAUCCCUUUUGUAUGCUGUACUUGGAGAGGUUCCCAAGAUCUCAGGAACUGUUAAUGUGUGUGGCACCAUAGCCUAUGUUUCUCAAACUUCUUGGAUACAAAGUGGGACAGUUCAAGAUAAUAUACUCUUCGGCAAGCCAAUGGACAAAACAAGAUAUGAGAAUGCCAUUAAAGUUUGUGCUUUAGAUAAAGAUAUUGAAGACUUUAGCCAUGGUGAUCUUACAGAAAUAGGUCAGCGAGGGAUUAACAUGAGUGGAGGACAAAAGCAAAGGAUUCAACUAGCUCGUGCAGUCUACAAUGACGCUGACAUCUAUCUCCUCGAUGACCCUUUCAGCGCAGUUGAUGCUCACACUGCUGCUAUUCUGUUCAAUGACUGUGUAAUGACGGCUCUAAGAGAAAAAACAGUCAUUCUAGUGACUCAUCAAGUGGAGUUUCUCUCAGAAGUUGAUACGAUCCUGGUAAUGGAAGAUGGAAAAGUUACUCAAUCAGGCAAUUACGAGAAUCUCCUGACUGCUGGGACAGCCUUUGAACAACUUGUGAGGGCUCAUAAGGAAGCAAUUACAGAGUUGGAUCAAAAUAAUGAAAAGGGAACUCAUAAAGAAGAGUCUCAAGGUUAUCUCACUAAAAACCAAAGUGAGGGAGAGAUUUCUACCGAGGGUAAACUUGGGGUACAGCUUACCCAAGAAGAAGAAAAACAGAUUGGUGAUGUUGGCUGGAAGACAUUCUGGGAUUAUAUUUCAUUUUCCAGGGGUUCAUUGAUGCUGUGUUGGAUCAUGUUGGGACAAUCUGCUUUUAUUGCUUUGCAGACUGCAUCAAUGUUUUGGCUUGCUCUAGCCAUUGAAGUUCCAAAAAUAACUAGCGCCAUCUUGAUUGGAGUUUAUGCAUUAAUUUCAUUUUCUAGUGCUGGGUUUGUAUAUGUAAGAUCUCUCUUUACUGCUCACCUUGGGUUAAAAGCUUCUACAGCCUUCUUCAACAGUUUCACAACUGCUAUCUUCAAUGCUCCUAUGUUGUUCUUUGACUCAACCCCUGUGGGAAGGAUUUUAACCCGAGCUUCAUCAGAUUUAAGUAUUUUGGACUUUGAUAUACCUUAUUCCAUCACCUUUGUAGCAUCUGUAGGACUUGAAAUAAUGGUGACGAUUUGUAUAAUGGCUUUAGUAACAUGGCCAGUUCUCAUUGUUGCCAUUCCUGCAAUGGUUGCAUCAAAAUAUGUUCAGGGAUAUUAUCAAGCCUCAGCAAGGGAAUUAAUGAGGAUCAAUGGAACCACAAAAGCUCCUGUCAUGAAUUUUGCAGCCGAGACAUCACUUGGUGUGGUUACUGUAAGAGCAUUUAACAUGACAGAAAUUUUUUUUAGGAAUUACUUAAAGCUUGUGGACACAGACGCAGCACUGUUCUUUCAUUCUAAUGUGGCCAUGGAAUGGUUAGUUUUAAGGAUUGAAGCACUUCAAAAUUUGACGGUCAUUACUUCAGCUUUGUUACUUAUCAUAGUUCCUCAGGGAUAUGUGACCUCAGGCCUUGUGGGACUGUCUCUCUCUUAUGCUUUCUCCUUGACAGGAUCUCAAAUAUUUUGGACUCGAUGGUAUUGCAACUUAUUAAACUACAUUAUCUCUGUUGAAAGAAUCAAGCAAUUCAUCCACCUACCAGUGGAGCCUCCAGCCAUUUUGGAGGACCACCGGCCUCCAUCUUCAUGGCCUUCAAAAGGCAGGAUUGAUCUUCAAGCCUUAGAGAUUAGAUAUCGUCCCAAUGCUCCAUUGGUGCUUAAGGGCAUCACUUGUACUUUUAAAGAAGGUAGUAGAGUGGGAGUCGUAGGAAGGACUGGAAGUGGAAAAAGUACACUCAUAAGUGCUUUGUUUCGCUUAGUUGAUCCAGCAAAAGGUUAUAUUCUUAUAGAUGGGAUUAACAUAUGCUCAAUUGGGUUGAAGGAUUUGAGAAUGAAGCUAAGCAUCAUCCCUCAAGAACCAACUCUUUUCAAGGGCAGCAUUAGGACCAACUUGGACCCUCUAGGCCUGUACUCAGAUGAUGAAAUAUGGGAGGCUUUAGAGAAAUGUCAGCUCAAGGAAACUAUCAGCCGUCUACCAAAUCUCUUGGACUCUUCUGUGAGUGAUGAGGGAGGAAAUUGGAGCUUGGGACAGCGCCAACUGUUUUGUCUUGGAAGAGUACUACUUAAGAGGAACAGAAUUCUUGUUCUAGAUGAAGCUACCGCAUCCAUUGACUCCGCCACAGAUGCCAUUCUACAACAAAUAAUUAGACAAGAAUUUGUAGAAUGCACGGUUAUAACUGUGGCUCACAGGGUUCCAACUGUAAUAGAUAGUGACAUGGUCAUGGUCCUCUCCUAUGGGAAAUUGGUGGAAUAUGAGGAGCCUUCAAGACUAAUGGAGACCAACUCCUCAUUCUCGAAGCUGGUAGCUGAAUAUUGGUCCAGCUGCAGGAAGAAUUCUUCCUCAAAUCUUAGCAGACAGCAACAUUGAAUAAUGAAUAAUAACAUUAUGGAAAAUCACGUGCAGACUUACUUUUUCACUGUUUUACUUUUAAAAUAAUCUACCUGAUGCAGAGUUAUAUAUCUUUAUAAACUCCCCUUCAACAUUUGUCGAUUUUUUUCUUGGUUUGUUAAGCCAUGAUAAUUUGAAGAACUGCAGCAUUUUUAACUAGAA